GUAAAAUGCUAUAUUUAUUGAGUUUUUAAAUAAUCCAGCAUGGACAAUGUAAGAAACCAUUUACUCUACACGCUAAUGAAAGCCUUCAUCUUUCAAUAGAGUUGCAUACAGAUGACGAAUUCAUACCAAAACUUGAACCUCAAGAUUCCAAAGCCACAAGGAAUGAAGUCUAAAUAAAGAUCUCAUAUUAGGAAACAUGAAUAUACAAGAUAUCAUCGAUACUCUUCUCUAUGAUGGUGAAGAGCCUAUGGAUAUAUGACUCAAACUCAGCCACUUUGGAGACACUAAGGAAGAAAUAUAUUUAAAAAUUGUCAAGACAAUUACGAGCAAAAUCAGGGUCUCCAAUUCUAUCGACCCUGAUAAAUCAGAAGAGUACUCAAAAGGCCUUAAUAGAAUCACAACCUUGUUCUUUAAGAGAUAUGGCUUAUCAUUAUGAGUGAAGAUAACUCCGUUUGAAAGUUUGCUGAUUUGUCUUGCAAAAAAUUCAAAUUUCAAAUUACUCUAGCUUACAUUAUUCACUAUGAAUUUUACAAAAUUGGACCUGCGAGAUACUUAAAAUAAGCACAGGGAUGGAGAGAUGAACACAAUAAUGCAUUUAGCAGUAGAAUGUGACUCUUAUUCCUUUAUUCAUUACCUUUUGGUACAUCUGUACAAAAGGAUUAUCAAAUGAAGUCAAGACAACACCAAAGAAUAUGUUACUCAAUCUGAGUUGUUUUAUAAAAUCCUUUCCGAAGGAAAUAAAUGGCAAGAAAGCUGACUACAAAUUGGGGAAUCAGUUGAUCUCGGAUACAAAGAUGUUUCUAUGUACAUGAAGGUCUUACGGAGAACACUUAUUACUAAGAGAAGAUUGUUGUACAAUCCAAGGGAGCCUCAGACACCAAAAUCAUCUUGUAGCAAGAUGGUAGGAAGAUAUGAAAAUUAUGCAUCAAAUAUUCCUGUUGAGAAAUUCCAAAAGAUAGAAUCUCGAGCAGAGAGGACCACGUUUGAUUACCAACCUCGGUCUGAAUAUUCUAACUUCAGUGUCACACUUCCCAGACGAGGUGGAACAGUACAUACUUACGAUGUUCAUCGGAGGAAAGGACAAAGUAUGAUUAACUCUCUUCUUCCGUCCAAAAUUAGUCAAAAAGAGAAGACUAAAAACGGGAUGGUAAGGAGUAUCUCUAGAGAAACAAGGGUCUCAACUGAGGUCUCUCAGAUAAGAAAUACUAAUUAAGAAGACUAUAAAAAGCUUAAUGAUGAUGAGUAACAAAAGUCAUUACUUUGGAAGCAAGCUUUCUUCAUCUCAAUCACAUAAUAAAGUGAGAGACAUCAGAUUUUUACGGAAUAAAAGUCUGAACCAUUGGAAAAUCCAUGCCUCAAUCGUAAACCCAAAUGAGCUCCCUUUCUAUAAGCAAGUGCUAAGUUUUCAUAUUUUAGCUCUCUCAAAACAGAGUCAGUCUGAUCUAAUUCCGUCCAAAGAGUUGCCAAUUUAAAUAUAGCUAUGAAAAAUUCUAAGAGCUUUAAGAGAGCAAAUGGAGCUCUAAUGCAACAAAAUAAGAAAUACACUCUUAAUAAAGCUGACCAAAGCACAAGGGACCCAAGAAGGUUCAAUCUGAAAUCAUUGGUAAAUACAGAGAAAUCUCUGAGUAAACCUCAUGAGCAAUUGCUUACAAACAGAAUUCAGAUCCCAAAAUGCCCAGUUUAAUUCAUUUCUACAAAUUUAACCUUU